UCCGGUCACGGUGAAUUUGGAGAACGCCCGGGCGCCAAAAAAAACAACUUUAAUUUUGAACAACAAAGGACACGUGGUGGGAUUGCCUUUUCUUUUCCCUGCCAAACUUUUCUGAUGGGUACAGCUGUGGACACUGGAGAGAUCAUCAUCCUCAGUGAUGAUGAUGAAGAGGACAUAUCCUGCAGUGAUCCCUCGGUUCUCAUCGUGGAGGUGGAGGACAUGAAGAAGAGUGACCGUGUUGUAUCUCCCAGUGCUCUGGAUGAAGACCUGGUCAUCACCUUCUCCCGCCGCGCUGAGGUCCUGCCUCAUGCACGUUACGACUGUCCCUUGCAUGCAUUUACGGCUACAGAUUGUGAGAUCGGUGCUCCUGCGGCCGGUAACCAGCUGAUGUGUGAUCAGUGCUUCUGUUACAUCUGCGACAAGCUGGCGUCAUUGUGUCAGAUGUGGUGUUGCUGCGGUGUGUGUCACUGCAACAGCCACAAGAGGAGCGACUUCUGGAACAACCUGAGAAACGGCUCGCUGCUGGGAGGACUUCAGCCUUUCAACCUAACUUUGUCUGAAAUAGAUUCUCACCUCCGACAUGCAGACACGAUGCUGCAGAGCUUCAAACACGGGCUCUCUGCAAAGUUCUCGUCCUUCUUGAAGGGACAGACUUUGGAGCAAUGCGGUCUGGACCAUUCGAACCAGAAAGGCCUCGUCUUCGACUACACGCCUGUGUACGAGUUUGUGUCAUCGUUCCUGGACAAAGCAGAUAAACGGGAAGGCAGAGCUGCUGCCAUCAUGAGGCUGGGAGCCACUGAGGACUUCGUUCGCCAUUUCCAAGUCUCAGGGACUUACAUCUCACAGUCUCCCCUUGCUAAUGCUUUUGAAGCCAGACUGGUGUUACUUCAGAGGGUAAUAGCGUCCGUGCAGAGACAGAUGGUGAUGACCGAUUUAACCCCGGAGUUCAUCCACAAAUUGCAGGAUUUUUACAGGAGGUUCAAUUUCCCCGCUGAGCUGAAGCGCGUGAAGAACAGCCUGUGUGUUCGUCCGUGGGAUGACGUCCUGCUGGUGUCGGUGCUGAAGGGGCAGAACGUGACGGGGUUCCGCAAAGACAAAGGCAAGAAGGACUUCCUGAUUGAACAGAUUUCUGUAGUUAUAUUGAGAACAGAACUACUACAGCGGCAGCACAGGUACAGAGAAUUGUGUCGCUACCUACGAGUCAUCGAGAGCGAUGAUUCCCAGCGUCUCCAGCAGGUACGAGACCUCAUCCCGUUCUUCAUGUGCAUGGAUGGGACCGUAACGGGCGGCCUGCACAGUUUGUUCCCCUCGGUGAACGCUCCCGCCUUGCGCUUCACUCCACACCUCUUCCUCUUUUAUCUCCGCCUCUUUAAAACGGCAACAGCACCGGAGCUGGUGGUCAGUCAGUCGGCACAGCUCUGCUUCUCUGAUGCAGCGUGGCAGCCAAUCAAAGAUGCGGUGCCGCUUCCACACGUUCUGCUGGUGAGGUUUGCUCUCCGGGUUCAGAGAUGCUGCUCCGCCGUCUUCACUGACUCUCAGUGUUGGACCAGUUUACUGACAGUCGUCAACACACUCACCGCUCUCCCAGAACCAAGCCCACAGUUUCUACACGAAGCGAAGGUUGUUGUGGAAUCGAUACUGCUCGACCGGCACGGGUCAAACAUACAGAUCCCACGUUUCUUUCAGGAGGUGUACCCAGAUCAGGCUUUGCUGCUGUUGGUAACGGGGGCUUUAUGUGGGAGAAUCGUUAGCGCUGCUCUGAGUCCGGCCGUCCCUGUGCUCAAGACGUUUAAGGAUAACAUGUGGGCUCUCAGGUGGCUGUGGGACCGUUUGUCCUCCAGCCCAGAACGGCUCAGAUCCUUCGUACAGGAGAGCUCACAGGAGGUGGAGAACACGACAGAUGGGGAUAAAUUAUUAUUUCUUUCCGCCAUUGUAUCCACUCAGUCUUCUUCAACAGAGAACUGGGACCAACAGUCCAGUGGCUGUUAAACUGUACACGUGAAGGCCCCACCGGCUGCUGAUCUGCUCUCUGAUUACUGGCUCCAUUUACACAUAAAACAAUCAAACUCUGGGCCUGAUUCCAGACUGAUGGAGAGCAGUGGAGAGCUGGAGGAGCCACAAGAUAACGUCUGAAAUGUUUUAUUUAGACGUCAGGAUGGAACUGGACAGAUGGAGAGACUUCCUCAUUGUCCUUCUUUCAUGACGUCAUAGAGACACUUUAUGUUGCUUCGUGCGUCAAUGACUUGAUCAGUUCAUUAUGCUGAUGAACUUGUGAAAAUGCUUUUGGGUGUUAUCUUUUGUUACAAAUGCUCAUAAGAUGCAAUCAUGUGAUGUUAGUAAAUAAACAGAAACUGUUGUUUUUGCUUAUGUUGCUUAAUUUAGAAUGGUAAUGUAAAAUAUAAGAUUUUAUUUUCAGAAUAAAUAAAUGUAUACUAAACUAUUGUUUUGACAUACUGUAGUGACUAUUUCUUACUUUUUAUGAAAUAUAACUUUUGAAAAAUAUGACAUACUAUGAUUUUUUUAUGACACUUGACAUAUUGACUAUAUUGAUUACUUUUUAAAACCUUUGAUGACAUACUUUUGCUUUUUUGACUUUUUAUGGCCUUCCCUACUAUGACUUUAUGACCUAAUAUACUAUGACCUUUUUUACUUUUCAUGAUGUAAUAUACUAUACAUUUGUUCUACUUUUGUUUGACACGUUUUAUGAUAUAUUAUACAAUGACUUUAAUGACAAACUAUACUAUAUUAUUUUAUGGCUUCUUUAUGAAAUCCUACAUUAUGACAUUUUCAGACAUACUAUGACGUUUUAAUGACGCACUAUACCACAACUUUUAUACUAUACUAUGUUCAUAGACUAUAACCUUUAAAUUAUAUUGCUCCUGAAGGUUUAUGAAACCACACUGUGGCUUCUCAUCUUAACAAAUAACAGUUAAUCGAUCAAUCCCAUAUGUUCUCGGUUAUUGUUAAUGAGUAAACUAAUUGAUUAACUGGCUUAUCUACGUGGGACUGAUCCUCUCCCAUUACAUAUAAAACAACCAAACUAUAAGUGUUUGAUAUAAAGCCUCUUUAUAAUCCACAGCUGAUGCAUGCUGAAAUCAUAUUGUUUUGUUCUUCUGGUGAUGGUUUUAAUUGAGUGGUGCUUAUGUUCAUGACUUUAUUAAAAAUACUUUUGGAUAUUAACUUUUAAUGCAUAUGAGGCAAUCAUGUGAAUUUGGCAAAUAAAAGGAAAAAGUGACCGUUUUCAUGCUUUGACGCUGUUUUUUAUUGCUUAUGUUGCUCAAUUUAGAAUUCAGAGUAA